UGUAGGUUCCUGUUGUAGGUUCCUGUUGUGUGUUGAGCCAGUGUGUGGUGGAAGAGAUUAAGAUAAAGAGAUGUUGAAAGGGUGAGACUGGCUCAAUGCACGAGAGGAACUAAAGCAAGCCAGUCAGAUCUUCUAAGAAAGGAUGGCUGUUAUUGAUGCCGUGCUGUAUCGUCUGCUAGAUGGACUCCUGGGUCUGGGUCGUCUCCUGUCUCCUCUCUGCUCCCUAUUUGUUCUCCUCCAGCUCUCUGCUCUGGUUGUCCUCCUCCUCCUGUCCCUCCGUGUCGUCUGUCUGCUGUGGAGCCAUUCUCAGUUCACCAGACGUCUCCGGUGCUUCAGUAAACCCCCCACACAAAACUGGCUGAUGGGACACCUGGGAGAGAUGCGGAGCACGGAGGAGGGCCUGCAGGCGGUGGAUCAGUUGGUAAGAACCUACAGCCACUCCUGCUCCUGGUUUCUGGGCCCCUUCUACUCCCUGGUACGACUCUUCCACCCUGACUACAUCAAGCCUCUGCUGCUGGCACCAGCUUCCAUCACAGUCAAAGAUGAGCUUUUCUAUGGGUUCCUGAGACCAUGGCUGGGACAGAGUCUCCUCCUGAGUAACGGAGAGGACUGGUCUCGUCGUAGACGUCUACUCACUCCUGCAUUCCACUUCGACAUCCUCAAGAACUAUGUGAGGAUCUUCAACCACUCCUCCGACAUCAUGCAUUCUAAGUGGCGCCGCCUGGUGGCCGAGGGAGAGAGCCGCCAGGAAAUGUUCAAUCACAUCAGCCUGAUGACUCUGGACAGUCUGCUCAGAUGUACCUUCAGCUACAACAGCAACUGCCAGGAGAGUUCCAGUGAGUACAUAGCAGCCAUAUUUGAGCUGAGCACCCUGGUGAUCGAGCGGAGAGGACGUAUCCUGCACCACUGGGACUGUCUGUACUGGAGGUCCCCAGAGGGACAGCGCUUCAAACAGGCCUGUAGUGUAGUACACGGGUUCACCAGGACUGUUGUUCAGGAGCGCAGAGCACAGCUUCUCCACCGGGGGGAGCCAGAGAGCCACACUGACACCACAGGAGGGGAGGAGAAGAAGAAGAAAAGAGUAGCAGACUUCAUUGAUUUGUUACUGCUGUCAAAGGAUGAGGAUGGUCAUGGUCUCACAGAUGAGGAGAUAAAAGCAGAGGCAGACACUUUCAUGUUUGGAGGUCAUGACACCACGGCCAGCGGAAUCAGCUGGGUUCUGUAUAACCUGUCUCAGCAUCAGGACUACCAGGACCGCUGUAGAGCCGAGGUCAACGACCUGCUACAAGACCGAAAGACAGAGGACUUAGACUGGGAGGACCUGAGCAGCCUCCCCUUCACCACCAUGUGUAUUAAAGAGUCUCUGAGACUGCACUCCCCCGUGUCUGCUGUCACCAGACGAUACACGAAGGACAUGACGGUGCCAGGUGGACGGGUCAUACCACAGGGUAGCAUCUGUCUGGUGAGCAUCUAUGGGACCCAUCACAACCCUGAGAUCUGGCCUGACCCAGACGUCUACAACCCCAUGCGCUUCGACCCUGAGAACUCAAAGGACCGUUCAUCCCAUGCCUUCAUACCUUUCUCUUCAGGACCUAGGAACUGUAUAGGUCAGAAGUUUGCCAUGGCGGAGCUGCGUGUGGUGGUGGCGCUGACCUUGAGGAGGUUCCGUUUGACCCCUGGGGGGGUGGAGGUGAGGAGGCUACCCCAGCUGGUGCUCAGGGCCGAGGGCGGGCUGUGGCUGACGUUGGAGACCCUAGACGCCCCCCAGGACUAACCCCUGAACUCCUCUCUCCUUUAUGGAUCAGACAUAGAGAAAACUGAUUUUAUGAUUUUACUGUAUAAACAUACGCUGAGUAUACGAAACGUUAAGAACACCUUAACAAAGUAAAAUACAUAGGCCAAAAGCCUACAAAAUAAACAAUACAAUACAUAGGCCUAAAGCCUACAAAUGAAAACAAUAAAAUACAUAGUCCUAAAGCCUACAAAUGAAAACAAUAAAAUACAUAGGCCUAAUGCCUACAAAUAAACAGUAAAAUACAUAGGCCUAAAGCCUACAAAUGAAAACAAUAAAAUACAUAUUCCUAAAGCCUACAAAUGAAAACAGUAAAAUACAUAGGCCUAAUGCCUACAAAUAAACAGUAAAAUACAUAGGCCUAAAGCCUACAAAUAAACAAUAAAAUACAUAGGCCUAAUGCCUACAAAUAAACAGUAAAAUACAUAGGCCUAAAGCCUACAAAUGAAAACAAUAAAAUACAUAGGCCUAAAGCCUACAAAUAAACAGUAAAAUACAUAGGCCUAAAGCCUACAAAUGAAAACAAUAAAAUACAUAGUCCUAAAGCCUACAAAUAAACAAUAAAAUACAUAGGCCUAAAGCCUACAAAUGAAAACAAUAAAAUACAUAGUCCUAAAGCCUACAAAUAAACAAUAAAAUACAUAGGCCUAAAGCCUACAAAUAAACAAUAAAAUACAUAGGCCUAAAGCCUACAAAUAAACAAUAAAAUACAUAGGCCUAAAGCCUACAAAUAAACAAUAAAAUACAUAGGCCUAAAGCCUACAAAUAAACAAUAAAAUACAUAGGCCUAAAGCCUACAAAUAAACAAUAAAAUACAUAGGCCUAAAGCCUACAAAUAAA